GCAGGUGGAUGCGGGAGCGCUGCCGGGAGCGGCGGGGCGGGGGGAGCGGCCGGCGGCUCCAGCCCCGCCGCGGGGGGCGGCUCCGCCCGGGCACGGGGCGGAGGGAGGGAGAAGUUUCUCCGCGGCUGCGAGAGGCGGCGGGGAGGGAAGGAGCCGGCCCCGCCGUGCUGGGGUAGCCGCCGCUGUCGCCGCCGCUGGAGCAGCCAGGGCUUUGGCCAUGAAGAGGAAACAGAAGAGGUUCCUGCAAAUGACGCUGCUGUUCACCGCGGCGCUGAUUUUCCUGCCCGACAUCGGCCUCUGGUCUCUCUAUAAGGAGAAGCACCUGGUGAAGCCCGCCGAGCCCGCCGAGCCGCAGACGCUUCCACUGGGUCUAGGAGAUGGACACCUGUUUACCUGGACUGAUGGCUUGAAAAGGAAGGACUGGCAUGAUUAUGAAAGCAUUCAGAAAGAUGCUAUGCGCUCAGGGAAGGGUGAACAUGGAAAGCCGUACCCUCUUACAGAGGAAGACCAUGAUGAUUCUGCUUAUAGAGAAAAUGGCUUCAACAUAUUUGUCAGCAACAAUAUAGCACUGGAGAGAUCUCUGCCAGACAUCCGACAUCCUAACUGUAAGCACAAGGUGUACUUGGAAAAGCUACCAAAUACUAGUAUAAUUAUCCCGUUCCAUAACGAAGGCUGGACUUCACUCUUGCGAACAAUACACAGUAUUAUCAACCGCACUCCAGACAGCCUGAUAGCGGAAAUCAUUCUUGUGGAUGACUUCAGUGACAGAGAACAUUUAAAAGAGAAGCUGGAGGAAUACAUGGUCCGUUUUGCCAAAGUGCGGAUUGUACGUACCAAGAAACGAGAAGGGCUUAUUCGGACCAGACUGCUAGGAGCCUCGCUGGCUAGAGGAGAAGUCUUGACAUUUCUGGAUUCCCAUUGUGAAGUCAACGUGAAUUGGCUGCCUCCCUUGCUUAACCAGAUUGCACUAAACCACAAAACCAUCGUGUGUCCUAUGAUCGAUGUCAUUGACCACAAUCACUUUGGCUACGAGGCACAGGCGGGGGAUGCCAUGCGAGGAGCUUUUGACUGGGAAAUGUACUACAAAAGAAUACCAAUUCCUCCAGAGCUCCAGAGAGAUGAUCCCAGCGACCCCUUUGAGUCUCCUGUAAUGGCUGGAGGUUUAUUUGCUGUCAACCGGAAAUGGUUUUGGGAGCUGGGAGGCUAUGAUCCAGGAUUAGAAAUAUGGGGAGGAGAACAGUAUGAAAUAUCCUUUAAGGUAUGGAUGUGCGGAGGUGGCAUGUUUGAUGUUCCAUGCUCUCGAGUUGGGCAUAUCUACAGGAAGUAUGUCCCAUACAAAGUUCCUUCUGGAACCAGCCUAGCCCGGAACCUGAAGCGCGUGGCAGAGACGUGGAUGGAUGAGUUUGCAGAGUACAUUUACCAGCGACGGCCUGAGUAUAGACACCUCUCAACUGGUGAUAUCUCUGCCCAGAAGGAACUUCGCAAGCACCUUAAAUGUAAAGAUUUCAAGUGGUUCAUGGCUGCAGUGGCUUGGGAUGUCCCCAAAUAUUACCCUCCUGUGGAACCUCCACCUGCUGCCUGGGGAGAGAUUCGAAAUGUGGCAGCCAACCUCUGUGUGGACAGUAAACAUGGAGCCACAGGGACUGAGCUGAGGCUAGAUAUCUGCGUGAAGGAUGGCUCAGAACGGACGUGGUCGCAUGAACAGCUCUUCACCUUUGGCUGGAGAGAAGACAUCCGCCCUGGGGAGCCACUUCACACCAGGAAGUUCUGCUUCGAUGCCAUUUCGCACAGUAGCCCAGUCACACUGUAUGACUGUCACGGAAUGAAGGGAAACCAGCACUGGAGCUAUAGGAAGGACAAAACUUUGUUCCAUCCGGUAAGCAGCAGCUGCAUAGAUUGUAACCCAGCCGAGAAGAAGAUUUUCAUGAACAGAUGUGAUCCUUUAUCUGAAACUCAACAGUGGAUUUUUGAACAUAUUAAUAUGACUGUUCUAGAAAAAUUUAACAGCAAGGCCAGUUCCUAGAAAGGAAAAAAAAUGAACAGACCAAAUUACAUACAGACUGCAGACUACAUUUUCGCCAGCAUCUGGGUCGAAGGAAUCAGGAAUUAAAUUUCCUAGAUCUAGGAAGUCUGUUCUGAGGCUUAAGAAAAUGCCACAGCAAGAGGCUGUCUUUGUGGAUGUACAGUAUCUGAAGAACUUGGCCAAGAGCCUCACCGGAUGCUGCUGAGAACUUCAGGCUGAAAAUUUCCUUGCUGGUCAAGGGAAAAAAAAAUUGUUUAAAAACUGUUUAAAAGUACUCCAAGUUAAUAAACUAAAACAAAAUUCUAGAGUUUCUCAGGUCUAAUCCUGCUGUAGUGAGUAGCUCAGAACAGACACUAUAAUUUGGGAUGGGUAUAUGGUGUGCAUGACAGCUACAGCAACCUGAAGAAAUCCCAAGUUUUAGAACUAAACAUGCUGGUAGAAGAAUAACGAUGUCCCAGCACUCCCUAGAGAAGAUAUAUGUUCUGUUGACAUCCUCUUAAUAAAAGGUUGGGUUAAGCAGGUUUAACCCUCAGAACUGCUGCAAUUAAUUUUAAAUACCUCCCUUUUACAUUCCAUUCAUUACCAAAAUAGGAAUGGUAGAAAUCUUAGGGUCUAGAAUUACACUAUAGUGAAGCAUGAAAUAGACUGUAAGGUUUUGCCCUGACAUUUUACCCCCUUCUAGAAAAAAACAUGCAAAGCAAUCAAAUUUCUAUACAUGGUAUACUUAGUAAUUGUGAUUCGAAUUCCAUUGUCACAAAAGGUGAGAUUUUUUUUCAGCAACAAAUAUAAUAGCAGCAGCUGCAGCAUAAUGGAAGGCUUGCAGACUAGCUAUCUUUUGUAAAGGUGAAAUCCUUAUCAAAGUAUAAAUUAAAUUCAAAAUGGGCUGGGGAAAAAAAAAAAGAAAAAAAUCAGGAGAGUAGGAAAUAAUUGCAUACAUAACAUUGGUACACUGCCAUCACGUAAAAGUGUGUUGACUCCCUGCGGUGUAGCUUAAAAGAGCCUGCAGAGACCUGGCAGUGCUCUUGAGGGAUGGUAGAGAGGAAAACUGACAUGAAAUUAGCUGGGUGGUUUCAUAGUUUUUGAAAUCUGUGAGUGAAUGGCAUUGCAGAUCUCAUGAUGGAGGAAACAAGACGUGCAAGUAAGUUCAGUGUUACAAUAUUUUGAUGUUUUUGGCACAGGCACAAUUCAAAUUAAGAGAGACUUCUGUCGAAUUGAUGAUCAUUAUGGCCCAUGGUGUCCCUCGAGCCUAUCAAGCUGUUGGCAUGAGAGGCCUCUAAAAUUUUGGGGGGGGAACUAUGGUUUCUCUCAGCAGAAAAUAGUUAAUAGUGAUGCAUGGAACAUAACUGAUAGGUUUGGGAUUUUUCAAGGUAAGAGCAAGUAUAAAUUUAUAUCAAGUAAGUACGUUGCCUGAUUUUACUUCAAAGAUGAAUUGACAGAUGAAAGCACCAUAAAUGCAGAUAGAUCACAUCCUCUAAGAGGUAGCUGUAACAGCGCUUUCAGGUUCCAAAAAUAUCAUAUGUAAUUAAGUUGCUUAUUCUGAUUGCUGGAGAGGUGGCUGACUAACCAAAAUAGUCAUGUGCAAUCUACCCUGUUUUGAAUAAGUAGAGCGACUGUGUUUUGUUUAUUGCUCUUUAAACUGUGUUAUUGCACAAAGAGCAUUGAUUGCAUCCAGAGGAUGAUUCCAGUACCAAUAACUAUGUGCUAUUUUAUGAGGGCACCUUGUAGUUGUAGAUUAAGACCCAAAACUGUAGCUCAUAGGAACUUUUUGGGGAGGGGAGUGAGAUCCUGUAGCAUUCAGGAUGCGUGCACUUGGAAAAUAGGGAAAUGCAUCCAUACUUUCAGCAACUGCUGUAAGUUAGUGAUCUUUCAAAUAAUCUGAAAGUAAUAUGUCUAUAGAGUUAGACUUCUCAUUUUAUGAUUUUAAAAUAAGUGAGUUUGUUUAGCUAUCGUUUAAAUUUAAUUUGAAGAUACGGUGCACUGAGGAAUGGAAGAAGUAAGGCUGGUGUAUGAGGGUACUUCAGGUAUUUUUAGCUAUCAGUACAUAGAACCAGACUAGGCACUGCAGACUGUCAGCCUUCUCAGGUGCAGUGUUUGUAGCAUAAUUUAUUUGCAGCUUGAACAUGAGGGAAGAAGAUUUCCUAAACGAAGAAAAUGGAAAACGGCUGUCUAAAAUGUAAAUGCAGCCCUCAAGCUGCUGAUUGUAACUGGCCCCAAACUGUCAAAGUCCUGGAACCAACACUGUAUGCCCAAAAUAGAGGCAAAGGAGAACUGCUAAAGUAGCUAAGCAAUUUGUGUUAUGGACAGAUUGGUAGGGUUAUACCAUUCGGUGUCUGACUGCAUCUCAGUGGUCUGAUUUUGAAAUGUCUGUGGGAACUAGGCUGCUGCCGAGGCAAAGAACUUUUAUGCCUUUUAGAUCCCUCGUUGAGUAAUACUGCACAGCAUCUUGCAUUGCUAAAGAAAACCUUCCCUUUACUCACAGCUGAGCACUAAUUGUAAGAGCUAGCAGUCCUUUCCAGAAAAGAAUCCACGUAACUAAUAUUCAGAUGUUCUAGUGGGGAAAAAUAUGAUCUACAUAAUGUUUUCAGAUUUUGUAGGCAAAAUAUAAGAGAAAUAUAUUGGAGUUCAUUGUGGGUCAAUAGUAAGAAAGCACUGAUCACUCUGGAAAUAUAAAGGUUAAAUGAAGGUCUAUAUCUUGAGAAAAUUUUAAUAAGAACUUGCCACAGUGCAGCAUAGAAACAAACACAUGGUAUAUAUGUGUAUGUGUAUAUAUAUACACAUUUGUAUAUGUGACCAGUGGAAAGAGGUAGAUGGAGGAUAGAGGUUUGUUUUAACUUCAUGGAUUGAUUUUUCAAAUAUAUUAAGUAUAACAUGAACUGCACAGAAAAAAAAUUGUAGGACACACUAGACUAAUGGUGAAGACCAUUAUCUCACUGUUUUCAGCUUAAGCAAAUUUCUCUUUUUUAAAAAAAAAAGCUGUCACCACAGUCAACUGUAGUCCUCCCACUAUGGGUGUAAGGUGGUCCUAGCGACAACAUGCUUCAGAGCUGUACUCCUGUAAUGUUUGAGAUGAUAGAUUCACAAAAUAGUUGUGGCUUGCUAAGCACAUGACUCCUUCAACAGAACGCAUUAUUAAUAAUAAAUGAUCAUCUCUACCUCCAAAUUAAAUUCUGUCUUAGGUGUUCUGCAAAGCUUUCCACUGAUAACAGUAUUUCAUGACUAAUUUAACAUUCAGAAUUUCUUCAAGUAUUCUUACAACUAUAUCUUUUCCACCCAACAAACAUCGGAACAACUUGAUAGGAUGGACAGAUAUGUUGUCCUCUCAUAUUUCACCGGGAACAGUUAGUUUUAAUAUGCAUUUCUCAAAAAGGCUGUGAAGUUUCUUCACAGCAGUUUUUUUAAACUACUAGAUAGUUCUGAAUAUAUUUUUAAUCUAGUGCACAGGUAGCACUAACUGACCUGGGCUCAUCAUUUUAGUGGAGCUAUACUAAUUCGCCCCAACUGAUGGCUUGCUUCAGGUUUUUUCAAUUAAUUAUUUUAUGGCUGAGAGGGCUUUAAUCAACGUGCCUGAAGAGAAGAUCUUUGCAUCUUAACAGCUCAUCAGCAUUUAUCCUAAACAUUUUCCAUUUAAAGUUAUAUCUGACUCUUUUUUUUGUGGCCAGCAAACUACUACCACAGGAGAGAGCAACUGCAAAAGCUGGAAUAAACACCAAGUGCAACUAAAAUGCUAAAAUCAUAUGUGUUUCCCUGACUAUAUUCCAAAAUCUAAACUAAACAGAAGCCUUGGGGGAGAAGGUUUAAAGGAGAGAGGAGCUGGGAAUCAAAGCAUUUCACGUGUCGGAGAGCAGCCUUGUUGCAAAGCCAUGACAAGACUUCACUUUUCAUUGGGCAGUUGUAUUUCAGAAAAAUGAAAUUGAUUUAGAAAUAAUGUUUCUGCAACAUUAUGGAUAUUUUAAUGAUAUAAUGCAUACUUUCUGGGUGUUACCAGUUUACAAAUAAAUGGUCUGUAGCCGCUGAACUACUUCAUCCUCGUCAUAAAGAUAGACUAAUCUUAAAAGGAACUUGACAAGCAAUUAACAGCCUUUGACUGCUGGCAGUUUACCAGGCAUCAAUGCCUCCAUGACCUUAGUGAAAUCAGAUGCCACAGAUGAUCUUAGAAGAAAUGUAUAUAAAUAACCUAACCAAAUUGAUUUGAGGCAUUGCACUUCUAUAAGAUGUCAACUUGGUUUAAAAAAAAAACAAUAAUCGUAGUGACAACUUAUUUGCAUUUUUACUCAUACAGAAAAGGGGCAGGAAUGUAAGUACUUACUGAAAAACUACCCAGACAGAUUGAGGACGGAACACUUUAGGAAGGCCGUAUUGGGAGGCAUUAGGCGUGGCUGCUAGUGAUGUAUCCGUUUGCUGUUUAAAGAGCAUCAAUCUUCAAUGCUGUUAGCCCGGUGUUUUUCAAGAGAACACGAGAUGUACAUUAAAAAAAAGACUAUGAUAAUGUUUUUUAAUCCAUCAAAGUUGUUAGGGAAACCAUUUCAAAACCCUUGAAAAGAAAAAGCUGAUCGUUAGUGGGGGUUAUAGCUGGUAUUAAUUGUAUAAAGUUCAUGAAUUUAUUUGUUUAACUAAAUUCCUUCCAUUUCUGGUCCAUAUAUCCUCUGCUUUUAUGUAAGAUUUUGAGGAUCUUGCCCUGUCUGAAAGUUUUGAAAGACCUUUAAAAAACUCUGAGGAAUAAGCCAAAAGAUAAGAAAAUCAAACCAACGAACAAACAAAAGAAUACUUGGCUAUUAUGCCUAGUAUACUAAGAGAUUUUUCUAAACUUCUUGUUCUAAAAUAGUAUCCAUUCACUAGAAAAUUUUAGAUUAUAAGGAACCUGGUUCAGUAAAUCUUUAGUGUAUAGUGGGUUUUUUACUCUUAUGAAAAUCAAAUUUUAGGGAAUCUGUAUAGUUAUUUGCUAACAGGGUUUUGGUUUUUUAUGUAAUACAUCAAUCUGUCUUGACGUCUCCUGUAAUUUCGUAUUUCCUUGUUAUAAUUCUGAACACACUGGGCUGAAAAAAAAAAUCUAAACAAAGACAUUAAAAAAAAUCCCUCUAAAAACUAUCUAAGAAAACUGUUUAAAAACAAGCAAACAGUGAGAAAGCUUAUCAAGAGAUGAUGAGAAAAAUGUAUCACAUUUCCUGAAAGCUUCAGCAGCAUUCAGAAAAUACAUUUGCUGUGUGCAGUGACUUUCUAUUCUUUCAGUGUCUCAUUAAUAUCAGUGGUACUGCCCUGAAGGGGGAUUUCUGAAAAUGAUCUCCCAUCAUUUGACACAGGAGAUGGAAAGCAUGGUGCCAGAUAAAAAAGACAAAUCACUUUCUAGGAACAGUUCCUAAAAAAAUUGUAUUCAUACAAAUUGUUUUCAAUCUUUGCAGACUGGUACACCCUAAGAUUCUUAGCUAUUUAUAAAGUUCCCAUUAUCUUAGUAUUUUUGUAUUUAUUAACAGGAUCUGGUAGUGUGUCAGGUUCUUCAAGAACCUUUAUUUAUUAGAAUUUGUGAUUGCCUAAAGGUGGUGUGUCCACAGCACCGUCAAGCAGGUUAAUUACACACAAACAGAAAGCUCCUUUUGUGUGGCUGUUGUGGUAGACGCCCAGAUCCAGUGAAUGUAUGAAUUGGAAGGAGCCAUGUAAAGUGGGCUAGUAGGAAAGCCUGAACUCAGCAGAAGAUGCAGAAAAAGUCACAAGGGCUCAUUUUUGAGAAGCAGCAAACAGGGCAUUGAGAUAAUUAUCAAAAACAGUGUAAGAGAUGUGAGAAAAGCUGCAGUGAGGAAGUAUGGUAAGUGGUACUAUCUAAAAGACAUUAAGACAUAGGAAAGGAAAACUUGGUACUUGUUAACCUUAGCCCUCAUUAGCCUUGUCAGUGUCCUUAACACUUUGUCAAAGUAUUAGUUGAUUUAAUUAAGUUAAUCCUUCACCUCUCCCAGGCAAAUGACUCAAGCUGGAAGGAAUCACAGGCCCAAACAAAUUUUUGUUAAUCAGCUUGGAGCAUCUGAUUGACGCAAAACACCACUAGACACAAAAAAAUUGGUCAAAAACCCCAAUUGCUGCCAGAACUAAAGCAAUGUUAUCAGACUGAAAGUUCUGUAGGCCCCUAGCAGCUCUCUGUGGAAAAAAAAAAAAAAGCUUAAUUUUCCUAAAGGAGUGAUUGAUGGGAAUGAUCCAAGAUUAAGAAGAUCAGGAGUCAUGAGCUUGCACAGAGGUGAAAGGCCAAAUGGUGAGAUUAGGAGAUGACAGUUUAAUUGAGAAAGGAAGGAGGAAAUAGGUGGUAAAAAGAAAGAGACAGGAAUCGGGUUUAUUUCUGGGUAUGAAGGAAGCAUGACCUACAAGGUUCAGCCACUGAUAAUUUUGGAUAGCUCUUCAUACCAGGGUUUGUGUGUUUAUUUCCAUCACAAAUAUUCAGGAACUGAGAAGCAAUCAGUUUCACUGCCUCCUGCAAAGGAUUUACAUUUUAGAGUAAGGAGAGUAAAGCUUUGCUGGAACCAAGCCAGCGAUGAGUUUUCCACAUUCCUGAGGAUACCUUAAGGACAGCAUGUAGAAGCAGAACAUUACGGUUGCUGUUUUACCUCAGAUUCGUAUUUUGCUGCAUCUUCGCUUUCUUUGAAAAAG